AUGAUCAGCACCACGGAUGACGAGCCCCUUCACGUGCUCGAUUUGCCUCAAAUCCACGAGAAGCCGUCUGGGACUGAUCUACUCAAGGUGUUGGCCCUUUUGACCCUGCAGCCGCGGGCGUUCGGCACCAGCGCCAAACUCCCCAAAGGCCCAGCGGUGCAGCCGGCCGGCGUGACACGAUACCUCACCUCAAUCAUCUCUAGCCCGCUCUCAUGGCUAGACACGGAGGAACUGCGCGAGGCAGUGUGGGAUAACGCCUCCGCUCGGCUCAGCGAAAGGUCGGGGCGCGCUGCUAUGCCAGCCAUGUCGCGCAUUUUCGAGAUACCAGGCUCCUCCGGCGAGUCGCACACGCUUACUUUGCACGAACCCUCCCUCACCGCAGACAACUUAGGGAUGAAGACAUGGGUGUCUUCGUAUCUCCUAGCACGCCGAUUACAUAGUAUCUUUGAAUCCCCACCAGAGCUUGUGGAGACGGGGACCACUCCAAAUGUAGUAUCGAGUAAGAACGAAUCGCCUCUUCGAGCCCUCGAACUAGGCGCUGGGACAGGUCUUGUUGGACUCGCAUUCGCAGCCGUUGCCGGCAAAUCAGCCACAGUCCAUUUGACCGAUUUGCCGGAAAUUGUUCCAAAUCUCGCCCACAACGCCGCCCUCAAUGUCGAACUCCUCAGGGGGGUGGGCUCGACAGCGACAACCGGCAUUCUAGACUGGUCGGUAGCUCCAACACUCACUCCCACGGCCGAAGAUCAAUUCGAUGUGGUGCUUGCAGCAGACCCAUUGUAUUCCCCUAGUCAUCCGGCAUGGCUUGUACAGACGAUAGGGUUCUGGUUGAGGCGAAAGAAGCACGCGCGGGUUGUGGUUGAGAUGCCGCUCCGGGGACCGUACCUGCCGCAAGUUCGAGAGUUUCGCGAGCGGAUGACGGAACUGGGACUGUCGAUAGUGGACGAAGGUGAAGAGGUUGGAUAUGAUGACUGGGAGGGUGCUGAUGGGGAUGUGCUCGAGGUCAAGUGUUGGUGGUCCAUCUGGGGAUGGAGCAACACAGCAUGA